UAAAACCCAUCUCAUGAGAAGCAGCACAGCACAUGGCACCCGUUAUAUGUCUUUCUCAACCACUGAAACCACAGCUGAGCUUCAUGAGACACGGUGGACAUAUAAAAGUGGUAAAUAAGCAGCAGGCGAUGGAGGGAGGAGCUGUGGGGGCGCAGAAGGUCUCGAGAUGUGGGGCAGAGAAAUGAGUCCAUGACUUUCGUGUGCGCCUGUCAACAGCAAUUGAGAAGUGACGCAGGCCACAGCGGAGACAGGCGCACUGGCACGGAGCAGAACAAGCUUCUCACCAGACAAUUGCAACAGGAAGCGAGGAAGGAAAGGGCUCUUUCACCCCGGAGGAAGACUGGCAAACUCUUUGGGAUUGUGACAAGACAGCCUCACAGUAGCUCCAGAGACCAGCCAUUCUCCAACAAGGAUUGCAAGAUGAACAGCACCCUGUCGAACACCUCCGUCAAAUGUGUCCGAGACACCAGCGUAACAGCAGUGGUUUUCCCCUGUCUGUACAGCGUCCUCUUCAUAGUUGCUCUGAUACUGAACUCCCUGGCUGCAUGGAUCUUCUUCAGCAUCCCCAGCACCUCAACAUUUGUGGUCUUUCUAAAAAAUGUGGUGGCAGCUGACUUGCUGAUGACUUUGACCAUCCCUCUGAGAGUGUUAAGUGACGCGGGCGUGGGCUCCUGGCGUCUGCGCGCCUUCCACUGCCGAUACUCUGCGGUUCUCUUCUACAUCACCAUGUACAUCAGCAUCCUCCUGCUGGGUCUGAUCAGCCUGGACCGCUACCUGAAAAUAGUCCGGCCCUUCGGGAAAUGUGCUCUGCAGCGGGUCCGAGUCGGUCAGGGGCUGAGUGCUGCCGUCUGGGUGGUGAUGUUAGCUUUGGCACUGCCCAACGUUAUUCUCAGUGACAAACCACCACGGGUCUCUGGAGGCAAACUGAAGUGCACAUCCAUGAAGAGCGAAGCAGGGCUGAUGUGGCAUGAAGGAUUCAACUACUUCUGUCAGGUGGUUUUUUGGGGAACUCUGGCCUUGAUGGUGUUCUGCUACACAUUCAUCAGCAAGAAGGUUUACGAGUCAUACAAAGCCUCAAAGAGCAGAUGUCAGGCUGCCCGACGCAGAACCAAAGCAAAAGUCUUUGUGGUGGUGGCGGUGUUCUUCAUCUGCUUCGCUCCCUUCCACUUCGCCCGAGUUCCCUACACCCUGACCCAAACCCGCGACUUGGUGAGCCACUGCCAGGCUCUCUACAUUGCCAAGGAAACCACCUUGUGGCUGUCGGCCACGAAUGUAUUUCUGGAUCCGCUUAUUUAUGUGUUCCUGUGCAAGGUAUUUAGGAAAAGACUGACCGCUACGCUCUGUCUGAAGCCGUUCAACAAAGGUGCCACGGAAUCUACAACAGCAACAUCAACUCAGAUGGAAAUGUCCCAGCUGGGCAACACUAACAAAGUGUCAAGUAAUGGGACGUCACAGUAAAACAAUGGACAGUGGACAAUGGAACACAACUGUUAUGGUCUCGGCAAGAUGGGCCAUGUGUUACUUUACUUGUAAAUAGGAAUUUAUCUUGAAAAAAAAGGUUGUAUAAAUUUAACGCAAUGUGACCAAAAACUGUUAAAUUUAGAAACUGUGGGAAGUCGGGCAAUCAAUGAUGAAGUUUCUUUCCAGUAAUGGCUGUUUGGAAUACGGUGCUAACCAAGCACAUUUGCCACUUGUUUGCUAAGUCAUUUCCUUAAUUGUGCUUAUUGUCAUUUUCCACUUCCUACUCUCUAAUCUUGCUAAAACUGCACUUUCCCCUCACAGAACUUUGGCCAAAGGGUGAACAUGUUGACAGCUCAUAUUCUCCAAUAAUUAAACAGCAAGCAAACUGUGACCAGGGACUGAAUGAUAACAAGAGGAGCAGAAAAUACGGCAAUAGAUGCAUGCUUAGAGCUGUAGGUUUACCUUCUGUUCAAUAAAUACAUAUAUAAUUAUAUUAAUAAUAAAAUAAUAUGUUUCAUACUACAAUAACAUGGUGUCCAGUCUUUAUAGUGAUAAUCUCAAUACUGAUUAUAACAGAGUAACAGGUCAAAGCGAAGAAUAGGCCAAAUGUUGUAAGAGUAGGCUACAACAAAUACAGCCACAAUUACAAUAUGCACAUGUUGUUUGAAAUUAGAUCAAGAGAGUAAAGGUUUCUCAAACUUGAGAUUGCUCACAAACAGGAUGUGAAAUUUUAUUUUGUGUGGUGGGAAAAUGAUAGUAUGCAUACCAAAGUUUUAAAUUUAGAGCUAUUUGUAGUGACUUCCCUUUUAUGAUUCACUCACCAGAUAACUAUGCUUACAAUCUUAUUUGAGCAGAUGAGCAACAGGAACUCUAGUUAUCGCUCUGCAACGCCAGGACAAAAAGAGCCCAUACACCAAAAUAACUAGUACAUAGAUUAAAUCUUUUGACGAAA